AUGAACCCCGCGGGUAUGGGACAUGUGAUGGGCACCAUGCCAGGAGGCAACUCCACCGCCGGCAUGGGCGAGCAAGAGGCGGCAAUGGUCAAGAUGAUGCAAGCUGGUAUGGAAUCCUGCCCUGUGAAGACCGUCAUCUCCGGUACUAUGGGUUUCGCUCUUGGUGGUGCAUUCGGUCUCUUCAUGGCCAGUAUGUCCUACGACUCAACCUUCACCCCGCAAGGUCGCGCAAUCGCCGACCUCCCCUGGCGCGACCAGGUCCGCCGCGGUUUCAAGGACAUGGGUGCCCGCUCCUGGUCCUCUGCUAAGAACUUCGGUAUUGUCGGUGCGCUCUACUCCGGAACCGAGUGCUGUAUCGAGGGUCUCCGCGCCAAGAACGACUUGACCAACAGUGUCGCGGCUGGUUGUAUGACUGGUGGUAUCCUGGGUGCUAAGGCAGGUCCACAAGCCGCUGCCUUUGGCUGUGCCGGAUUUGCCGCCUUCAGUGCUGCUAUUGAUGCUUACAUGCGCAUGCCGGAGUCUGAUGAUUAG